CGUUCUCUCCCAGGCGGCAUUUCUUUCCUGUGCGAGGCCGGGCUAAGGUUCCCAUCCUCUCUGGUCCUGCCUCUGGGUUAACAAUCAAGAUGGUACAUGCUGAAGCCUUUUCUCGUCCAUUGAGUCGGAAUGAAGUUGUUGGUUUAAUUUUCCGCUUAACAAUAUUUGGUGCAGUAACAUACUUCACUAUCAAAUGGAUGGUAGAUGCAAUUGACCCAACCAGAAAGCAGAAAGUAGAAGCUCAGAAACAGGCGGAAAAACUGAUGAAGCAAAUUGGUGUGAAAAAUGUGAAGCUUUCAGAAUAUGAAAUGAGUAUUGCUGCUCAUCUAGUAGACCCUCUUAAUAUGCAUGUUACUUGGAGUGAUAUAGCAGGUUUAGAUGAUGUCAUUACAGAUCUGAAAGACACAGUAAUCUUACCUAUCAAAAAGAAGCAUUUGUUUGAGAAUUCCAGGCUUCUGCAGCCUCCAAAAGGUGUUCUUCUGUAUGGACCUCCAGGCUGUGGGAAAACGUUAAUUGCCAAAGCUACAGCUAAAGAAGCAGGCUGUCGAUUUAUUAACCUUCAGCCUUCGACACUGACUGAUAAGUGGUAUGGAGAAUCUCAGAAACUGGCUGCUGCUGUUUUCUCCCUUGCCAUAAAGUUACAGCCUUCUAUCAUAUUUAUAGAUGAAAUAGACUCUUUUCUACGAAAUCGUUCAAGUUCUGACCAUGAAGCUACAGCGAUGAUGAAAGCUCAGUUUAUGAGUCUCUGGGAUGGACUGGAUACUGAUCACAGCUGCCAGGUCAUAGUAAUGGGAGCUACCAAUCGCCCUCAGGACCUUGACUCUGCUAUAAUGAGAAGAAUGCCUACAAGAUUUCAUAUCAACCAACCUGCUCUAAAACAAAGAGAAGCAAUCUUGAAGCUCAUCCUGAAAAAUGAAAACGUAAGUAGAAAAGUAUGA